GGCAUACUACACGAAAAUGAGGAAGGAUGCAAUUGUUAUGUGCUGUUUCCUUAUUUUAAUUUCAUACAAACUGACCAAAGGCCAAAACGAGUAUUGGACACCUAUCGAUCAAGUGGUGACUGCUGCAGUUACGAAGGAUGAAGUAGAUGCCUAUAUUUACCCAAAUGAAGAAUAUGGUUACGAUGACCUUUAUGAACAGGAUUUUUCGUAUUCGUUUGGCAUGGAACUGUUGCUGAUAAUUUUAGAAAAAUUAAAAUUUAAAGUGAAAUUUAUAUAUCCCCAAGGAGUUUCUGCAAACAUUGUGAGCGCGCUACCGCAAAUGGUAUCUCAAGGAGAAGCGAAUUUCUCGGCUGUUGCAACUGUUUUCGGUCCUGAGGAAACGAAAGGACUAGUUAUAACGCAACCAACGCACAGUACAAGAUUUAAGCUAUUUGUUCAGUCUCCAACAAGCGUUUCAACAUCUCUCAGUCUCGGAAAAGUUUUUACACCAGUUUUGUGGAUCACAUUGGUGGUGUCGAUGCUCAUGAUGGGCGUGAUAUUGAUUUUCAUCGAGUUUGUGGGACAGAAAGCCAAAAUAAGGUCUUACCUCGCGACACCGGCUGACAUCGGCCAACUGAUCAUCAUCGUAAUCGGCUGCUUUUGCUACCAAGGGGCGAUUCAAAUUGCUUCGGGUUGCUCAGGACGGAUCCUGGUUUGGACGAGUCUCAUAUGCGGAUACUUAAUUUACGUUACCUUCAACACGGAGGUUAUUUCUCAACUGACAACUGUCAGUUUUAAGCCACCUUUCGACUCGCUUGAAGACAUGGCAGCCAAAGGAACGCACAAACUAAUCGUACGGAACGACACUUCGCUGCUUGACAACAUUAAGAUCACGCGAGUAAAUAAUGGCAAGAGAGGCAUAAUGGCUGAUUUGUGGGACCAGUUACUUCCAUUGAAGCUGAAAGCUGAAAAUCUUUACAACGACAGGAAAGAUAUCCCGAGAUUGUGUAAAGAAAAUGUGGCUUUUCUGGAUUCUGAGCUGGCCAUCCCUCCCAAAGCUCAGCAGGUGGCCAAAUGCAACGUUAUGACAUUGAAAGAUAGCUAUUUUCGAUCCAAUUUAGGCUUUGUACUUAACCCAUUGAACAACGCAACUUUAAAUCGACAAAUAAUUAAAAUGAUUAAUCGUAUGAGGGAAACAGGCAUAAUCAACAGAGUAAGAAGAAACAUUGAUCAACCCGAUGUCGGACCUUUAAAGCCGCUGCCCGACUUGAAUCCAAUCGAUAUUCAAACCCUCAUUCCGAUGCUAAUAGUCCUUUAUGUGGGAAUGUUUGCGAGCAUAGUAGUUUUAGGCUUGGAAAUCGCAUUUAAGCGAGGUGGCGAAGAGCUCAUCAGGAAGCUGGAAGAAAAGGGUUACCGCAGCUGGAAGGAUAUAGUUUGCUUUUGGCGCGUGAAAAAGAACAAUAUCGAAGGAGAAAGCUCGAGUGAAGACGAGGAAAGCGACACUGAUGUGGAGCAACAAACGAAGAAGCCUGUUUCAGUGCCAACGAUUAAAUUUACUAACACACCGCAAUAUCCAGUAAAAGUUAAAAGCGUUUCCGAAAGCAAAAAAGCGAAGGUGAAUCCAGAGAAAAAAUCCGAUUUUCUUGCUCCUCCAAUUAAGCGGAAAGAGCCGAAGUCGUUCCAAGAACUGCACAAUUACGUGAAUCAACAGAUGAACCAGAGGGCAGACGACACGCGGCCGCCGCUUCCACUGCGCAGACAAAACCGAGUUGCCGACCUGAACACGAAUCUGCCAGAACCAAUCAAGGCCAGUUUCACGCCACAAUACCUGGACAAGAACGUAUUGCAAGACAUAGACUCGAGCCAGGAGAGCAACCAAUUCGAAAGCCCUCGUCCUGAUAAGUUUAAAACACCCAGUCCGCAGGUGGAAAGAAGCCCACAACCCCCUACGCGGCGCCGGAGAGUCGUUACGCCACCAAAAAGAGCAGAGGAGCCGGCGCCGGAAAAAAGGUCACCCACUGCUGCUGCUCCAGUUGCUCCUCGAUACGAUCCGCAGGAGUUGGUGCGACAGAAGCCCUCCAGGGAAGAUAUUCUUAGAAAACCAACGCUUCCUGAGCAACCACCUGAGAAUAGAAGGGCAGCUCGGCGCGAGGAGAGGCCAGUUUUGAAUAGAAUCGCAACACCGAGCGUAAAUCUGCCUGGAAAUAGGUCGGCUGGGAGCCAGAUCGAUUUGAUGCCUCUAAAUUUGGAUCAGCUUCCACAGAGAAGGCGAGGGAAUCGACUAAGCGAGCCCCCAAACAACAGAAAUCUACACCUAUCGAUCGACACGAAUGGAUUUUUGGAUCGGCACUCGAUCGUCGAUAGAAAUCUCGCUCAGAGGAUGCGCCGCAAUCGAGACCCCGAUCCUUUCAGCAGAUUUGAAUAGCGUGUCAGUUAUUUUGUUUUAAAAUUGUUGAAUUUUUGGUGUGAAUUAGCAAACUUACAAAUUUCGAGGAUUCCUGCACUCAUUCACAAAAUGAAUUAAACACAGUCACGUUCGCUGGUUGGGAGUGUUUAUAAUAUAUGAUGCCUGGAGAGUAACAUUGAAUUUUUAACAUCUGUUUGUUUAUCUAAUUAUACACGUGUGUUUCCCUUUUUUUAAUACGUAUAGAACUGAUAUUUGAGAAAUUGUUACUAACCUGACUGUCACUUUUAAUGCAACAAUUAUUUAUCUGGACUCAAAUUAUAAUAAAUAUUACUGUCAGGAAUUGACGGCAGUAAAAUGUUUGAGAGAAAAAAUGUAUUAAAAUAAACCCAUUUAAACUUCGAACUUGAUCUUGUUUUUCUCUCAAUUCUAAAUACAAAUUAUUGUUUGUCAAAAAAUAUGGUAUUUUGAUUAAAUUCUAUCACGAUUUCGAAAGCACAAGUCUUACUUCUAUUAGUGAUUUUACUUAUGAAGACUUUUAUUAUGUUUAUUCUGCAUCUGGGUUUGGCAUGUAAUUGUUGAUGAUUAUUUGGGAAAACUCUGUGCGUGGGUCUUAAACAAAGCUAAUGGGCUGCUAAAAAGAUUGAAAUAAAUAACGGCUGACGUGUGGGAUAAAUUACUUCCAAUGAAGCCCAAAGCUCAAAAUAUGUAAAACAACAAGAAAGAAGUUCCGAGACUAUGCUAAAAAAACGUUGCCUUUCUGGAUUCCGAGCUGGCCAUGACUCCUAAAAUUCUGCAGGCAUCCAAAUACAACGUUAUGACA